AUAAUUUCAUCAGCAAAUAUACUUGAAUUUCUCUUGUUAGUAUUCAUUAAUUGCACCUCUUCUCUUGUGCACAUUUUUCUUUUAAUCUCUUUGCAAAUUCUAAGCCACAAAAUUUGGUAAUAAUGUCGAUGCAAAUGCAAUCCCUCCUUGUUAACCCCGUUGGUGCCGUUGCUAAUGGCUCAAGGAUGACCCGGGUGACUUAUGCAUUAGGGUUUAAUCCUCGAAUGAGUAAACGUGUCAAUUUCGGGGUGAAGUGUAUGGCUGACGAGAAGGUUGAGGGUGAACCGAAGCUCGAUUCCGGUUUACCAAAGACAAAUCCCACUACAGUUUCACCUACUCCAACUCCUACUCCAACCCCUAAGCCUCAACCAAAGGUAAGCACAAGCUUCGGAGACUUGUUCGCCUUCAGCGGUCCAGCACCCGAGAGGAUCAACGGACGCCUCGCCAUGAUCGGCUUCGUCGCGGCAGUAGCCGUAGAGGCAUCCAAGGGAACAGACCUAUUUACACAGAUUUCCGACGGCGGAGCACAGUGGUUCCUAGCAACAAGCAUCCUUCUUUCAGUAGCAUCACUUGUGCCAUUGUUCAAAGGAAAGAGAGCUGAGGCAAAAACAGAUGGUUUGAUGAAUGCCAACGCUGAGUUAUGGAAUGGUAGGGUUGCUAUGUUAGGCCUUGUUGCCUUGGCACUCACUGAAUUUGUCAAAGGUGGAGCGCUUGUUUAAGCAACUUUAAUUUAUGUGCAUCACCAAAUUGAUUAAUACAUCGAUCAUAUAUGGGAUUAAAUUUUUGAGUGUAGGUUGAGUUUAAUCUUUUGUAGAUAGGAGAUAGAAUUAUGAGCUUAUGGGAUGUAUAAAUUAAAAGAGAAGUGAUCAUACUUCACUAUGAAAUGUUAAUAUUUUCUAAGGCUGUAUUGUUGUCUAUCUUUUGUUGAUCAUCAGGAAGUUUUAGAGAUAUGUUUUGUAUAGUAAAAAGUUUUUAAUGAAUGAAAUCUUAAUUAUCAGAAUUGUUUA